CUCAACUACACUCCCCCUUAAUGCCCUGUUCAGUCGCGGUACAAUGACGUCGGGCUUGCGUAGAGCAAUUUAAAUAACAAGUGUCCCACACACAUUUCUGUCUGUUAUUAUCCUUUCCAGCCCAGCUCUCCUUAUCCGCUCAGACAGCCAUGGCCCUUGCUGGACCCCUGAAAGUGUGCAUCGUGGGCUCGGGAAACUGGUAGGCUGAGCUGAGAACUGCUAUAGAUACAAUGACAUUAGAAAGGACAAUGGCAGCAUCAAUUAAUGCUGUGAUUUAAAUGCUAAUGCCCUCUCUGUACAGGCAUUUAUUUAACCAUUUGUGUCCCGGAGCUUUCCUGGGCCAUGUGGUGUGUUAAUAUUUAGAAUGUAUGGUUUGAUAGUUUAGAAUCCUGCGCUGCCCUUGAUUCCCCUGAUACAAUGUUUCAGGAUAAAGUGUCAAAAUUCUAUUUAAAUGCAUGGCUCUUAACCUACUCUUUGCCAAAGUUGCCUUAAACCAUUUGCAACUGUAUUUGCAUUUAUAACAAGAAAUUAAAAAACAAACAAAAAAAAAACCCCUUUCCUUCGCAUUCGUAUGAUUUGAUAUAAUGCAUUGAGGUUAUGAUUGCAAUAAAAUGAAUUUGGCCAUAUUAUAAAAAUCUUAAUAACCCCCUUUAGAUCUGAAUUCGACUUUUUUUCCUUCUCCACAUGCAGCAUAUUACAAAAUACUUCUUUUUAAUCUUGUGUAAAUUUUAUGGGUAAUUUCAAAUUACAAUCUUGCCAAACUGCUCUAAAUUAUGAAAGUACCUGUUUAUUUCACCAUGGAUAUGUUUUGGUUCCAGGAAAAAAAAUAGCCGUGUCCUGAAAAUAUUAUCCUGUGACUGCCAUGAUAUAUUAUAUGUUUGUUUAGGAAUUCAAGUGUGUUUCAAAUUUUAGGCUAAAGUAGCAAAAAUUAUAAUUAUAGCCAACUUGGGGAAGUUUUCCAAUUUGACCCUAAGUGAUUCUACUUAAUUGUUUAUGGGAUGUGGUAUUUAAAAAAAAUAAAUAAUAAUAAUAAUAAUAAAAAAAUUGAAAGCUCAUACUUUAGUGAAUAAAGUUGAAAUUAUUUUACUGGCUGCAUAUGUAACAGCUUUUAUAAAGUUCACAGUUCUGAAGGGAUUAUAAUGGAUGUAUAAUUUGUGGUAGCAAUGUUAAUAAGAAACAUGGCUCCAUGGAAAAUCUUUUGUAAGUUUCCUAUAUUUCUGAUUGCUUUAUAAUGUACGUGACUCCACGGUUUCUUGCAGAAUUCUAUCUUUGCCUUGUGUAUGAAGUCCAUUUUAACCUCUUAUGGACACAACUUCUGGAAUAAAAGGGAAUCAUGACGGAAUAUAUCAGUCAUGUGUCCUUAAGGGGUUAAAGCAUAUUUAACAGUGACUUGAUGCCUCUUUUUGUAAUAUAUUUGACAGUAUACAAUUGUAAUCUAUAUGCCAAACUGAUGGAACAUGUAAGGAUAUCUCCUGCAUAAUAGAAAAGGACUACCAAUAUAGGGUUGAGAGCAAUUGUUGAAGCAGAGCUCCCAGGUGACACAGUAUCAGACCACUCUGGUAGCCCCCCACACAUUGGGCAUCAUGGAAUAUUUGAGGUGAAGUAGCUGCAUGGGUACUGUGCUAUGUGUUUAGAAACAGUAUAUCAGAUAUUUCCCUGGUGAGUAGAAAGUGCUUGACUUGACAUUUUAAAAUGAACAUUCCAUGUAUAUGAAGUAAUUCAGAUUGAGUUUCUAGUCUGUCAUAAUUUUGACAGUUUAUCAAAAUGACAUCCCCGUCUCCCCAAUAGAAAUGGGCACUUUUGAGGCAAAACCACCUUCAUUACUGUCAAUCUUUCUUCCGCUUCCAUUAGUUGAGCUCCUUCCACUUUCUCAAUGGGCUCAUUUUGAAAGCAAAGGAGAGCAGGGAAUCAACUAUAAUUGGAGUAUUCUCCAGCGCAGACUGAAAUUUCAGGUCUGCAGCUUUUGCAAACUUUUGUGGGUUUUUUUUGUGUUUAAUUUUUUUUUUUUGUGUUUUAUUUUUAUUUUUAUUUUUUUGUCACACCCCACCUCCCCACAUUUACUUUGAAGAAAGCAGAGACAAAAAAUACAUGCAUGCUUACUUUGGGAGUAUAUCUACUAAGUUUAAAAAAAAUCAAGUGUUCCUUUUUUUUUUUUUUAGCAAAGUCCUGAUUGUGCUAUCCUCUAUAUACAAUAUAUAUUAACAAUUGUGUUAAAUACAGAACACUUCCAAAAUACUUUUGGUAUACCUUGUUGCUAUAGCUUCAGCACAUAGUGAAAUAUUUCAGGAAGAAAUGUACUCAAAAUUUUGUUACGUAGAGUAACUUCAAGCAGGCCUCAACAUAAUAUCAGCAUUUCAGUUGUCUUGGUAAGAGCCUCGCUUGAACGUGUUUGAUGUCUGUUCGAAGUUAAUAAAGGAGAAGUUAUUCUUUGUAACAGAUCCUCAGUGUACUUUUCAAAAAAUGAAUAUAAAUGUGUGGAAGUGCAUACAAGGAUUGGCAAAAGUAGUGUUUUUUUGUUUUGUUUUUUUUAAAUUAAUUUUAUGCCAUUUCACACAGAAUACACAGCUUAUAUAAAGCUAUCAAAUAUAUAUCUCAGUGUGUGUGUAUGUAACAUGUAUAAAAGACCUAACAUUUUAAGUCCUCUGCUACUAGCCAGGCCAUAGCAUACACACCAGUAGCAGCAGCAGGCAGUUUAAAAAGUUGGUGGCGCCAGUUAAAAGAUGCUGCCAAGUGUUUGUUAGCCCGUAUUAUCAAGCUCUUUGCUGGUUGGGCCUAUUUAGUAGUGCGGUACACUGGCAACUACUCCAUAAGAACUUGUUAAAAUGCAAGAGAGACAAAAUUCUGGUCCCCGGUUGACAUUUCUGGAUCCCCUUGGCACCUGGGAUUUGUCAUCCCUGGUUUGUAUACAUAUGUGUGUGUGCUAUUUUAUUUCGGAAACUUUUUUUAGGCCGGUGGCUUAAAAAAAACCCACAAAAAACAUUUAAAUGUAUUUAUUAUAAUAUAAUAAUGAUCGCUAUCCAUUAACAUUGGCAAGAAUGUCUGCCUGAAAAAAAAUUGGAAUGCUCUUGCUUAUCUUUCAGUUGUAUUGCCACUAUGAUCUAAUUUACUUUGUUCAAAUACAAACUCCAUGUCCUUCAGUUUAUUUUCUACACUAGUAACAAUGAACAGUUUGCUUAGAAUAGAAGAAAUACGAUGAAAUGGCAUUUCUAAGAAAUUCUCAUCCAUGUAACAAAAUGUUAGUUAAUUUCUUUUCACGGUAGUUUCAAAAGCAUAUUGUGCUUUUAUUUUAGUUUAAAUUUUUUUUUUUUUUUUUAAGGAAAACUACAGUGCCAAGAAAACAACAGUUUAGAUACCUCUUCUGUCACUUGUCCAAUGUUGGUUCAGGCACUGCCCCCUCUCCUUGUAUAAUGCUUUCCUAUGGGGUUUUGGGUGGCGCUGUAUGUCAUUAUACAUAGCUUGAGGAAGUCCCAGCACAUGAGUUAGACGACCAAAAGUCGCCUAACCACCUGGAAGUCCCUCUAGUGCAGGGGUAGGCAACCUACGUCACUCGAGGUGCCUCUGCACGGCACUCAAGGCUGCUAGAGCCAAACAGGCUCUGGCCUAUCAGGAGUCCCAGUAUCUGCUAAUACGAAGAGGUGAUGAAGGACAAUCCUCAAUUUAUGCAUUGAAGCACAUAGAGGAAGUGAUCUCAGAGCACUUCAUUCCAGCACUUGUGAAUGGGACUCCACACAGUAGUAGAGCAGCCCGCAGUUGUUGUUGCAGCUCCUGUCCUUGACCUGUACCUGGCCGGCCUGUUCCCCACUGGAACCCAGGGCAGCCACCCACACUGCUAGAUACACAGAAAUGUAGAAAGACCCUUCCCUCAUACAAAUAAUACAGACAGCCCACACACAAACAUGCACAAACAUACACACAAUCUGCACAAACGCAACACCACUAACAAUCCACAUACAUGCACACAACCCCACAUGCAGCCUCUCACAUGCUAUACCCCAAACAGCCCCCACACAUACACACACUACCAAACACACAAUGUGACAUAUCCAUCCACACACACACAAUUCCACAAGAUGCCCCCAUAUACAACCCACAUUCAUAUGUAUCAUAAACGAUACCACAAUCUACUCAUGAACAUAUACAAUAUAAUAGCUCAUAUACGCACAAAUACAAUGAUACAAAGCAAUUACAGUAUAAAUAACACAAGCAGAAUACGGCAGCACACACACCUCAAUUUAAAAAAAAAAUUAAAAAAAUAGGGCCGGCACGCUACGGGACAUCACAAUCCUAUAUCGGCACAGUGCUGCUAAAAGGUUGCCUACCCCUGCUCUAGUGGCUCUCUGGUAAACACUGCACUCAGCCACUAGAGGUGAAGUUAGCCCUCCAAGGCAAUUAUGGCAUUUUAUCAAAAACUGCAAUAAUUGCCAUUGCAAGGUUAAGGGACCUGGGACACUGCCAGAGACCACUUCACAGAGCUGAAGUGGUCUGGGUGCCUAUAGUGUCCCUUUUAGUGUGUUGAAUAUACUGCAACAUGACAUUUGCUGAUAUAGCCUUUCGUCAUAAAAUAAAGGAUAAUUCACAAAAAAUUGAAUUGUAACAAAAUCUGUUAAAGUUUAUGACAAAAUGUCUGAUCAGGAAAAAGAAUCUUCAACUACUCAAUAGCCACAGUUUAGCUAUUCCAACCUAAAUUUUGUAAUUUGUUUGAUACAAUUUGUAUUUUAGUGAAUAUUCCCCAUAGUAUUAUAGGAUUGGGGGUGGAGAGUAAAAUUCUUGACAUUAUUUCAAAGGAAGGUAGAAAACUAAAUGUUGAGGAAUUACUAGUGGUAGUGAUGUAUUUCCAUUGAUACUUUUGUACCAAUUUCUAACUUACUACCAGCAAUCUCAGCCAGUCUGUCCUGCCCAUGUUGGACAAAAUUGCCACUGGAAAUGUUUGUGUUUGUUCCGCAUUAUUAAUACAGCCAAGAUGGGAACAAUCCCUGUGUGUUGGUUAAAGCGUCAGUUUAUACCAAAAUAUUCCUAAACGGUUUCAUAUGAAACCAAAGUAUGGCACCAGGAACUCCAAGAAGAAUCACCACUACAGUGAAAUCUAGUUUUUCUGUUGCCUACAGGCUUAAGACUCCAAUGGAAGUCUUAAUACAGCACUGUAUUACCUGCUCACCACAGCAAACGUGUGUGUGCUUGGAACCCCUACAUUAAUUUUUUUUUUUUUUUUUUAAUAUAUUUUUUUUUAAUGUAGAUAAAAUAAGUCGGUGCUCUUUCUUCCCCUCCCCCCACCCUGAUAGACAUCUAAAUUCUAAUGUUAAAUUUGUUUUUUUACACACAUAGGGGAUCUGCUGUAGCCAAGAUUAUUGGAAAUAAUGUUAGAAAUCUACAGAAAUUUGCACCCACUGUCAACAUGUGGGUGUUUGAAGAAAUGGUCAAUGGAAGGAAGCUUACUGAAAUCAUCAAUACGGACCAUGAAAAUGUGAAAUACCUCCCUGGAUACAAGCUGCCAGAGAAUGUGGUAAGAACCCCCAAGCUUCCAUUUCCAGGGACUUGACUUUACAUUGUGCCAGCCGAUUAACCCAUAAAUGUGCUUAGGUUUUAGAUCAGUGCUAAAAUGAAUAGCAUAUGUGUCAUGAAAAAGCAUAAAGUUGGUUACGAUAUUCAAGCACACAAUACUCUUAAGGAGUAAUUAAACGCUUCAAACUGUUUUUUUUUUUUUGUUUUUUUUUGCCUCUUUUGGAUCAACAUCAAAAACAGAUGCACAUGAACUUGAUGGAAGCACAUCUCAUUUUAGCCUAUAUAACUAUGUACAUAAGAGCAUGAGCAAAGCGCUGCACAUUUAUUUAUUUAGGGAUACAAACUGCAUGUGUAAUUGCAAGGAAAAAUUGUCACAUGAAAAUGAGAGUACAACGCACACUCCAAUAUAAGCUGCUAGCAUAGAGGGGAACACCUGUAGAUUACAACGACUUACCAGAUCCAUAUUGAAAUCUAGAUAAAUGCCAUAAGUUAAAUGCAGUCCAGGACGUGAUCAACCAACCCCCAGUCUAGGUGCAUCUAUCAAUCUACUGAGCCCCCCCUCAACAAUCCGAGAGCAGCCAAGACCGUAUUCAAGCAUCACCUGUUGUCUGCUAACCUGGUUGGUCCAAUUUAGACCGCACAAAGCUGUCUUCAGGAUAGUACUUUUGAAUUUGUGUGUGUCAAUAAUAUUGAUGCUCCCACUAGGACCCUAGAGAUGAGGUACAUAGCAGGGCCUAAUGUUCAAAUCAGGAACAAAAGUCAGUGACCUUGCCGGGAAGCCUUUAGAAUUGAGAUUUGAGUUGGAGUCCAGUCAUUAUAUGUGGUGGCUCUACUGUUAAUCCUUGACCAGAAAUGAUCAUAAGAUGCAGAGGUAUUGUCUCUGAAAGGGUAAACUACCCCAUGGUCUUCCACUGUCAAUAAUACAGACUUGCUUAUUUUAUUUUGUUUUUCAUUUUAUUCCAAUAAACUGCAUGACAGAACACAAUUUUAAAUUUUAAAAGCCAAAGUGUUUUGCAAGCAUAAUGUAUAGAUAAAACAUUUGCCUUUUGUGUAAUGAUACGUUUUCCAUUAUAGUGCCUCUUUAAACAUGCCUUGAAUUGUAACAACAUGUGCACAUUAAACUGAAUGCACGCCUCUCUUGUGGAAGUAAAUUGUAAUAUUAACAUUUACAAAUCCUUUUAAAAAGCUACUCUACAAGUUUACUACGUGCUCACUGGAAGUCAGAGGCGUGGCGCUUCAGGAAAUGUUUGGUAUUCUUCACCAGAACUGAAAGGGUAUAUUAGCUAGAUCAUUUUCCCCACCCCCCCAAUGUACUUUAAUUUGUCUAAAUUCCUGAGAUGGCUCAAAACUGGUUCUUUAAUGGACACUUUGAGCUCUGUAACCAUACAGAUUAUUGUUGUGAUUAUUGCAUGGAAACUGCUGAUCUCUUCCUCUAGGUUUUGUCACAAUGUUGCUCAAGCAGUUUUCCAGAAACUGGAAGUUCCCUUGGCACCCAAAGCCACAUCAAAUCACUGUUAACCCUUUUUGUUGAGGUUAAAUUGAGGUAGGCUCUUUGAAUAUGAAACCGUUUUACAAAAAUUAGAAGGAUUGCACUGGUAUCCUUCUAGUGCCUUUUUACGUUGUAGCGGCUACAAUGCUUACAAAGCCCUUCUAAGUUCAACAAUCAAAACCUGCUCUAUUAUAUUUCUGUUUGCCAAACAAAAAGAUUUCAUUUUAUUUUUAUUUCUCCUUCAUUUCCUUUACUCAAAUGUGCUGGAAAUGAACAAACUAGGGAGAAAUUAGAAUCUCAUGUUCGGUAUGUGAUAAUGGCUGAAGAUCCAUUAAUGAUAACAAUUCCACAAUACCGUUGGUUUGCAAUAUCACUUUUACGGUUAUUGGGUUAGUGAAAAUGGGCUUUAUAACUGAUGUCAAAUACUCAAAGUUUCUACAACCACAGUCCUACCAAAAUGCUAUUAUUGUAUUAGUAUUAAUAAUUCAGAAGUGUUGGCACAUGAGCAGAAAGAACACCAAUCCUGAUUUGACAUGUGUAAUCAAUGUUAACUAAUAGACUUGUGUACAAAUGUGUUUUCAGCUGAUCUGAACAAAUCAAAAAUUCCUUUUAAACUACACCUGAACCAAUCGAUCCUUCGAGGCUUUACCUGUGUAGUCUUACGCUUUUUUAUUUUCCUUUUUUUAUUAUUCUUUUUUUUAAUUUUUUCCUUCUCUUUCUUUAGCUCCUGGCUCUUCAUCUGCCGGAGGCCACAACGUAUUUAACUAAAUAAAACCCAACUCUUUGUAAAUAUUGCAUCUCUUAUACAUGUAUGCAAUGUCUGAGUUUAUACCAGUAGCAUGACUUCAAAUCAUGUGGCUUGUAUCCAUGUGAUCGCAUGCCAAACAAAACUUUACAGGGCUUGUUCACUAAACCAGAAUCGUGGAGAAUUGUCAAGCCAAAAAAAUAAAUCUUAUUACCUUGUCAAAUCUCCACAUUUCCUAUUUUACAAAUAUAUUCCGCAUGUGUUUGCUGGAGUUUUGAGUAUGUAAACUAACACCAUGUUUAAAGUGCAGGGGAGCGUUUUCCAGUGAGAACUAAUCCAUUAAGACUAUAUUUUAUGAAAUCUCUUGCAAAAGUUGUAUUAUGUCUUAAAGCUUAUUUAAGUGCCAGCAGCACCCUGGCUAUUUUAAUGACUUUUCUCUGUACUCCUGUUGUUCAGACAUCAGACCUUGAAAAUUGUUUUAACACCUUUUUAACACGCUGCCAUAUGUCACUUGAUUUCCAGGUUGCCGUUCCGAGUCUCACUGAUGCGGUGAAAGAUGCUGACCUUCUAGUAUUCGUCAUUCCUCACCAGUUUAUAAAUAAAAUCUGCCAGGAGAUAGCCGGGAAGGUGCACAAGGAAGCUCUUGGGAUAACACUAAUAAAGGUGCGAGUAAUCCUUCAUUUCACACUGGAUAAAAUUAAUUUGCUGUGACAGAGAAGAUCUUCAUAAUGUGUCUUGCGCAACUUCUAUUUUGAGAUGGGUAGGAUAUUUAAUAAAGUAUUGCAAAAUGGUAUGAUGAUUAAAACUUUUUUAUUUUAUUUAUUUAUUUUGCACCCGCCUUAACUCAGGAUUACGUUUUGUAAAAGUAUGAGGCUUGUGCAAAUAUUUCUCAUCUGUUCAUUGUCCAAAACAAUAAAUACAUUCCUGGCAAUCGUUGUUGAGUGAAUAACUUUCGAAUAUUCAGUCAUAUCAUUCAUUUUAUGACAGAAAUGAAUCCAUAAAUAGCUUAACUUUGUUCGUAAUAUUCAGAAUUGAUUAGCUCAACAAUUGCCAAGAAUUUUUAUUUUUAUUUGGACGAUAAACAAAUAUUUGCACAAGUCUAAUGUGGGUGUGUGUAUAUAUUAAUAUAUAUAGGCAGGCUGACGGAACUCUAGUUCAGCAGACCAUGCCUAGUAUAGGCCCACUGUUCUGGCUCUCCCCCCAAUACUACUCCUCGGCAGUGAUGGGAGGAAGUGAUAUCACAUCUUUUCACUAACUCCCAGUAAUCUAAGAAUGCAGCGCAGACGGCAUUAAAGGACCACUCUAGGCACCCAGACCACUUCAGCUUAAUGAAGUGGUCUGGGUGCCUGGUCCAGCUAGGGUUAACCCAUUUUUAAAUAAACAUAGCAGUUUCUCUGAAACUGCUAUGGUUACUAAUGGGUUAAGCCUUCCCCCUAUUCCCUCUAGUGGCUGUCUCAUUGACAGCCACUAGAGGCGCUUGCGUGCUUCUCACUGUGAUUUUCACAGUGAGAGCACGCCAGCGUCCAUAGGAAAGCAUUGCAUGCGCAUUCAGCCGGCGGGGCGUAACGGAGGAGGAGAGGAGGCAGAGAGCUCUCCGCCCAGCGCUGGAAAAAGGUAAUUUUAAACCCCUUUCCCCCUUCCAGAGCCGGGCGGGAGGGGGUCCCUGAGGGUUCGGGCACCCUCAGGGCACUAUAGUGCCAGGAAAACGAGUAUGUUUUCCUGGCACUAUAGUGGUCCUUUAACUGAACACACAGCAUUGAGCGAUCUCCUCUGGACUGCAUUAACCCACCUUCCUGCGGUGAUAUAGUAAGCCAUGAGGAGGGCGGCUAAAGAUGGCAUGCACAUAAAUAUUAUUUAUAAUUAAUGUUUUAUUUAUUUUUGUGUGGGUAUCUGCACAAGUCUUUAAGUGUGUGUUUUAAUCUGUGUAAGUGGUGAAUCUGUGGGUCUGGCCCUUACAAAGAAAAGAGCGAGGGAUGCAGAUAGUCCGAGAAACAGUGACAAACGUUUUUGUGUAAUCAGAAAUGCAAAGAAUUCAUUAUUUAUUAUACACACACAGUAUACUGCUCUCUGCCUGCCAGGAGCAGAACCAGCUCCCAUGGCCUUCCAGGGGCCACAGGACACCUAGGGGUGUGAGCCUGUGAAAUGAAACCUGUUUGUGUAUGAACGGUAUACAUGGAUAAUGUCUGCUCGUGAUGAUAUGUGGCACGGCAUGCAGAGAUUGGGUAUUUUAUAGUGCAGCUAUUGAAUGGACAGAUGACCGGGUGAAUAUUUGGUAGCCCUGCUACUUCAUAGGAGAAGGGCAGUGUAACCUUUAUCAAGAAAUGCUCUGAAAGCAAUUCACAACGGCGUCUAAGCAACCUUGGCAGGUGAAGAGCCACCGGUGAAUAUGCAUAACAUUCUUCUACAGCCCAUGGACAUCUUAGGACGACUUUCCAAGAAUCCGGGGUGGGUGUGGAAAGCACAAGCCAGAAGAAGCAGGAUCGUGGGGAGUGGGGGUAUUUUUACGUGCUUUUUCUAGAUGCUGAAUGAGACCACUAGAGGUUUUGAACGAGACAGUUGUCUCAAAGUGUUGCAUGUUCCUUUAAUAAUGUCAUACAUUAUUCUAUGCAAUGAAAGGUUUUUAUAUUGACAGUGUAUUGUAGUAUGUGAGUGUGUAUUUAGAAAGUGUUUUACCAGGAUGAAAACAUUGAGAUUUCUCUCAUCCUGUGAUACACAAGCAAUGCAGUUUUGUUAUACAUUUAACAUUUUGCAAACCCUAUAUAAUAGUAUCAGUUGUUAGUUUUUGAUCGAAAUAUAUGUUGAGACAUAAAGCUCUCUAUGUUGAAGCUCAUGAAAGAUUUAAUGUUUUCUGGAAAGUUAUUCCCCGGUAUCUGACCUCUUUAUUAGAAGGCUGCACAACUGAUUAUCAUAACCAAGAAUAGGGCAUAUAGUAUUGCAAGGGGAUCUUGGGUUACAGGGGCUGUAGAGAGCAGGGCUGAGCAGAUUUUCUUGGUGUGGGAGUUUACCAGAAUACGAUGUAUUCUUGACUCAAAUGUUGGCUCUUCUAAAUUAUGUAUGUUUUUUGCUCAUUAUCAGCUACUCUAUGUAGUGCUCAUAGACACACAGAAAAAGUUAGGUAUUAUUAUUUUGCUGAAAUGAAGUCACCGAGUUGCUUAUAGCUUAGACAAGCAAAGUAUAGGUGAUACAUUUAGAGCUAUGUGUUCUGCUCAUAUCAGAUCUGUGAUAGGAGUAUCUUCCAAUAACUGCUUACUUUUCUGCAAAUUUUUAAAUAAUACAAGAAAUCCUCUUAUCACCCUUUCCCCCAAAACUCCCAUGUACACCCCCCCCCCCCACACACACACACACACACACACACACCAUCCCUUACACAAAAUGUAUCCAACACAAAUGCACACAAUGCAUCCCUUGCGCACACUACAUCCCCUUACGCAUUACAUCAUCUAUACAAACACACAAAACAUCCCCUACACAAGUACACUCAGCCUUGUGGGUGGAAUCCUAAAUCAUAAGGGCCCCCAUAAGUUCUGUUAGCAUCCCUGCUGACACACUACCUAAAUGUAAUAAUAUAAACAUACAUGUUAAUGUCUAGUCAAUUUUUUUUUCCCACUAUACUUAUUUUCAGUGUGUAUAUGUGUGUGUGUGUGUGUGUGUGUGUGUGUGUAUAUGUAUAUAUAUGUGUGUAUAUAUAUAUAUAUAUAUAUAUAUAUAUAUAUAUAUAUAUAUAUAUAUAUAUAUAUAUAUAUAUAUAUAUAUAUAUAUAUUUAUUUAUUUAUUUAUUAUACCGGCACUCCAAGGAUUUUCAAUACGACAUCUUUAUUCUGAGAAAUACAUCAACGUUUCAGCUCCCCUAAGGAGCUUUCAUCAGGAGUGUCCUGAUGAAAGCUCCUUAGGGGAGCUGUAACGUUGAUGUAUUUCUCAGAAUAAAGAAGAUGUCGUAUUGAAAAUCCUUGGAGUGCCGGUAUGUUUUUUUCAUUUUAUAUUAUUGAGCAACCAGAGCACCGGGUAUUUAAAAAAAAUGUUUUGGUUGGAGUGCUCUCACUACUGCAUGGGAUUCUGGGUAGGCAUAUGCAAAUGAGCUCAACAAAGAACCACUUUUUUGCCUCAUAAUUCCACUUUAUAUAUGGAUUCCUUGGAGUAUGUGUCUGCUGUAUACAACAGCUCUGAAACACAACUCCGGAAGAGGAGCAAAGGCAGUGAACCACUCAUGGACAGCUGUUUUGUUAAUGCAACUCGUGUGUGUGUGUGUGUGUAUAUAUAUAUAUAUAUAUAUAUAUAUAUAUAGACAUUAUGCAGCUGGAUAUUUUUUUUCUAAUCUCUGCUGUUUUAAUGUAUUUAUUGUGUCUUCUGUUUAUUUUAUCGUUCUGGUUGUUCUCCACCACUCUGUACCUUUCACUCCCAGGCCUAUCUUCUGUGAUUUAUGACCCUACAUUCAACCUUUUCCCAUCUCUAACAGCAUCAGUGGUGUUAAGUGUUAAACUCCUUUCCUAUUGAUCAGUAUUUCUUCAGACCUGAGAGAGUAGAAAACUCCCGAAAGCUUGUAUUGCAAAUAUUAUGUUUAGUCCAAUUAAAAAAAAAAAAAAAAAUGUACUUGUAUUCUGCUGUACACUGGCUUAUUCAUAUUGGUCCAGAAGACAAGAUGCCAAAUAUCCAAUCUAAUGAUCUAUGUAUGAUACAGUGCUCGCUUAUUCUGUCACACUCAUUAAAUACAUGUUUAGGUUUGGAAUCAACCUAGAGUAAGUAGUGAACUAAUUUAAAAAAAUUAAAAAAUGUAAAAAAAUAAAUAAAAUCCUCUUGGUAGUUCCAUGUACGUUUGCCGCCAUUAUAUAAAUAAAGUACAUGGAACAACCAAGAGGAUACAAAGAGGACUGUGUGUGUAUAUGCUGAAAUGCUGAGGUGGCAUUACAUGUAUGCACUUGCAUUUGUAAAGUAAGUGUCCAUUAUAAUCUCACAAGAACCAUUUCUAUUUCCUUUCAGGGUAUAGAUGAAGGACCAGAAGGGCUCAAGUUGAUUUCUGACAUUAUCCGUGAAAAGAUGGGAAUUGAUGUCAGUGUGCUGAUGGGAGCAAACAUUGCAAAUGAGGUUGCUGCUGAGAAAUUUUGCGAGACCACAAUAGGUAAACUAUCUUCUGAAAGGACCCCCAUUACCUUUCAUGAUAAACCCACUGUCCCCCUCCUCUCCCCCCCCCCCAGUCAUGGCAAACCGGUUUCAAUAAUCUAGCUAUCUUUUAUGUUUAUUGGGAAUAUGUAAAUUUAAGAGAAGACGAUUUAUAACGGACAAGAACAUAGACGUAAAUUAUAUUGUGCAGUGUGCGCUGUGUUUGCGUGAGGGUGCUGUGAGUGUCAGGAAUGCAGUGUACUUGUUUGUGACUGAGGGUGCUGUGAGUGUCGGGUGCUUUGUGUGUGUGUGCGCUGUGUCUGAGUGAUGAGUGCUGUCUUUGAAUGAGGGUGCUGUGAGUGUCAGGGAUGCAGUGAGGGUGCUGUGAGUGUCAGGUGUGCAGUGUGAGUGAAGGUGAUGUGAGUGUCAGGUGUGCAGUGUUAGUGUGUGUAUGAUUAUAUCCCCCCCCCCCCUUCCUUCUUACCUUUAGCCUGGGAGGGGGGGGAUCAUGCUGCUGCUGCCAUCCCUGGUGGUGCUAGUGGUGACUGAACUGGCGGAAAGAAUGGCAGAGGAGAUCCUGUGAUGGUGUGCCCGAUGGCCAGUCUGGGCCUGGAUAUAGGUCUUUUAAAGGAACUCUAUAGCCAUCCAGACCACUUCAUCUCCUUCAAGUCGUUUAAGUACACUGUCACUGUCUCCUUAGCCCUGAGCUGCAAGCAUUUACAUUUCAGAGAAACAAGGAUUUCACAUCUGCCUGGAUGUUUGCAUGCAGUGUGAAUGUUCUUGUACUACUAGAACGAGAAAUAUUUUGGUAUAUUUCACCGCUUAGCAGAAAGCUGCUAUCAUUCAAGAGGUUAGUUCAGCUCAGGAAUGUAAGGAUCUCUGCUUUUUUUUGCCUGCCUAAUAAAGGAUGUCCGUAACCAUUAAACCCGGUAGUUUUAAAAACAUUGUUCUGACUGAAAAAUUAAGCUCCAGGAGGCUUGGAAGAGAUAUUUAAUAUGACAGAUCAAAUUUAAUGAGCACAAUGUAGAUGCUCCCAUUAGCACUAAUUCUACUUUUUCAUGGCACAAACUCAAAAUUGGCAUACAAUAACCAUUGUCUGUUCACCAUCUCUUGCAAUAUUUGUAUUGUGUUGUGCAUCUUAAAGGUUAAAGGUUACUUUUCUCUAUAUUUAAUCUGAAAUGUAUGUGGUGUUUUUUUUGUUUGUUUGUUUGUUUUUUUUGGGGGGGGAGGGGUGGUUUGUGUGACAAGCUUACACUUGGCUUACUCUGUUAUUCUUUAAAGUUGUGUAAAUACAAUCCACUCAACAUUUUUCUCCAAGGAACAUUCUGCACUAUUACAGCUUCCCUGUUACAAAAAAAAAAUAUAUAUUUUUUUAAAUUUGAAAUUGAAAUUUACAGUAGCAUUAAACUAUAUAUCAUCUAGCCAACUGAAUAAAUAGGCUUUUAUAUCAAAUCACUGUAGGUGUUCUAAAGCUCGAGGCAUAGGCAACAUUUUUGUCACAUUUAAUUUCUUUCUAUAAAGUUUUUUUUUUUUUUUUUUUAACAUCUUGAGAUGCGACAAAUAGAAGACAUAAUGUUCUAGAGAUCCAAUUUCAUGCUUUGAAGAUCAGGUAAUAACGUGUCACCUAUUAAAUGUACUUGGUUUAUUAAUAUGUGUGUGUUAUGAUGGUCAUUAAAAACCUCUCUUGAUGGCUGCUGUAUUGGAAAGUACAGUCUUCCGGCUCUUUCCCCACCCCCAAAUCUCCUGAGGCAUGUACAAUGUUUCUGCAUUACAAAGUAAUGCAUGGAACUUGAAUUCUGGUUACAAAUGUACCUCUAGUUUAAAAGACUUCCUUAAAAUCAGGGGUGGGGGAGAGUAUGCACUAACGGUUGCUGUCUUGUUUGCUUUUAUUGAAAUAUGAUAAAAGUAUGUAUGUGUGUGUGUGUGUGUGUGUGUGGGGAGGGGGUCUUUAUAUUUGAAAGAAACCUUUCAUGUAUUGUAUGUGUGUAUAUAUAUUUAAAUUUAUCCUGUACGCUAUUUAAAUAUUGGUGUUUAGGUAUCUUUUGGUGUUAAACUUGUCCACGAAGAUGGUUUGCCAGAGAUAAGAUGUAUAAUUCUUACAUUUACUUCUAUCAGGCACGCGAAUCCUGGAUAAUGGCCUUCUGUUUAAAGAACUCCUGCAGACUCCAAAUUUCCGUAUAACUGUGGUGGAUGAUGCCGAUACUGUGGAACUCUGUGGGGCUUUGAAGGUAAAGACUGGUACUUUUUGUAAUGCCAUUGGUGAAUCAGGGCUUCAUGUACACACGACGUAUUGUGGAUGGCUAACUGUUGAAGAUCCAGUUGUUGAACAACUUCCAAGGAUGUAGAGUUUGACCUGCAUGUUUGACACACAAUAUUAUUCAAAAGUAUAAAUUAUGGGCUUGUCUAAGAUUCACUGGACUUGUAGUGUCUUAAAAAACAUAGAGCUGCAUGUUGGUUAUUACUGAGACUAGAGGUGCAAGUUUCAUACACCUAGUAGCUUUCUAAUAACCCUUGACGUGCUUAGUGACAUGUAGGUUACUACUAUUUAUAUGCUAGAAUAAAACAAAUUCCAGUAAGUGAAUAUGUCCUUCAUAUACAGGGCCGGCAUCAGGGGGAAGUGCUAUAUCCACAUUAAUGUUUUAUUCAGUGGUGUAAUUUUCAAGGACAUGACCUUUUUUUACCUUCACUACUGAGAAAGUUGUGCUCCACAGAUUUAAAGCAACACUAUAGUGUUGUGAAUACAAAGCUGUGUUACUAACACUAUAUGAACCCUCUGCCCCCUCCUCAUCCCUGCCUGGCAGCAAAGAAAGGGUUAAAAGCCUUGUUUUCACUUACCUGAUUCCAGCGCUGAUGUCCCUUGGCACUGGGUCAGGCUCAGUCUCCGCCAACGUCACAGAGAUUCGGGAACCUAAUGCACAUGCGUCCGAGCGUCAAACUCCUUGAAACUGCAGGAAGCGCCUCCAGUGGGUAUCUGGUAGAGGCAGUCUUAACCAGGCCUGUAUUUACCAGAAGGCAAACAAGGCAUUUGCCUGGGGCAGCAAAAAACGCCUCCCCAAGCGCCCAGGCAAAUGCCGAAAUUCCUUGUUUGCCUCAUGUCCUGGGCAGCCCAAGAGCUGGCUGGCUGGCCACCUAAGGUCCCCCCCCAAGGUAUUAAACUUCUAAUAAUUUAACCGGGCAACAAGGGAGCGCUAUCAUCUGCUCUUCUUGCUCAGCUCUCUCGAGCACCCUUCUGUGAUGCCGGUAGCAGGAAUAUGACGUCACUCUGGCACCAGCAUUACUAAGCGGUGCGCAAAGGAGCUGAGCAAGAAGAGCUCAGUUUCUUCAACGUCUCUAUUGAGCGCCUGCAGCCCCAGCCCAGCCUAGCCCAGCCAGCAACCCCAUCAUAGCCUGCAGAGCCAGCCCAGCCAGGAGCCCCAGCAGAGACAGCAAGGAGGCGACACAGCCAGCCCAUCAGCGGUCAGGGACAGCAUCCACCUCAGCUCUCCCAAAAGUAGGGAGGCUAGAUGGAUUUGAAUGGAAAAAAAAUAUUAAUAAUUGGUGAGUGUAUGGGAAUGCGUGUGUGUCCGUGAAUGUUUGUGUCUCUGUGAGUUUGUGUCUGUCACUGGGAGUGUCAUCGUGAGUAAGUUUGUGUAUGUCUGUGAGUGCAUGUGGCUGUCAUUGUGUGUGUGUGUCUGUCUCUCUGUCAGUUUGUCAAAUCAAUGAGGGUGUGCAUCUGUCAGUGUAUGUAUCUGAGAGUUUGUGUCUUUCCGUGAGUGGGUGUAUCAGUGUGUCUGUCAAAGUGUGUGUGUAGGUUAAACUGUGUGUGUGUGUGCCAAUGACUGUGUAUCUGUGAGUGAGUGUAUGUCAGUGCAUGUAUCAAUGAGGGUGUGUGUCUGUCAGUCAAAAAAGUUGCCCUGACACAAAUUGCUGGGGCAAAUUUAGCUUAGGGGUGCCCAAAUUUAGUCAUGCCUAGGGCAGCGCUGUUCCAAAAUACACCACUGGCCUUAACUCUGCAAUGUAUAGGUGCCUCUAGUGUCCACUUAAAGAUGCAUUCCAGGCAUGUAUCAUCUGAUAGUAUGAUACAAAAGCCCAACUCCUCAACUCGCCAUGAAAAAUACACCCAAUCUCUGUCCGUUCACUUGCAUAAGUGGUUUGUGUAGUAUGGUGUUUGUUUGUGUUUUGGGGUGGGGUUUGAGAGGGGUUACACACCUAACACCACUUACUGUUAUUAUUAUGAACUCUCUGGUUUUUAGGUCACUUUAAAAGAAGGGAUAUUCAUAAUGGAAUAUCUCUCAAAAAUACAUAAACCUUAAACUUGCAUAUGCAGAUCACAAAAACACCCCUUUAAAGUAUUAUUUCCCCCUUUUAAAAAAAUUUUUUUGACAAGUGCUGGAGAUCUUCUGUGUUCUACAUUGUUCACACUUCUUAAUGCUGUAUAAUCUCAUAUCCAUUUGUAUGGUGCACAUAUAGAUAAGAAAAAUCCAUGUGCUUGUUAUUGGCACUUGAUAACUGACACUGUGUAUUCAGGCUUAGUAGAGUGAUCUGAUGUUCCCUGUAUAAAUAAAUAUGAAGCACUCUUUUUUAAGAGACAGGCAAUCUGGUUUGUUUUUAGCAGAAUAUUUUGCAUUGAUUUAUUGUUACAAUUUUCAGAUGUUUGCUACGUGCACAGACUGUUAAUGCAAUCAGUGUUUACACUGCUGAGCAGUCGAUGAGUCUUGUUUACUGAAUAAGCGACUGCAGAAUAUUUGCCUUGGUCAGAUGUAGCCUUCAUUAAUAAAAGAGAGGCUAGAUACACUGCGGCAGACAUGCAACCCUGUCAUUUCUACACGUUGCUGUGAUAAUAGAAUACUCACAAAGCUCCAUCUGCCCUGAUUGGGGAAAAAAGAAUAAUAUUGUUUUGUAUUCUGCAAAGGAUUACUGACCAUUACAUUUUCAGAUGUGUACAUGUUUUAACCCCCCCCCCCCCAACAAACUUACAUUUACCCAGUAACUAAAAUAGCCUUUCUCUAUAGAAAAGAAACUGUGAGAUUUUGUUGUGAGGAGAUCCCAUCACACACAGUGAUAUCUCUGCUCUAUGGCUCACUGAUUCAGAGCAGUUGUCCCUUACCCCCUUCCUUUUUAUGGUUAAGUGACAUUUACAAAGUCUGAGUUUGACAAGAUCAUAGGGCUGACUAAUAAUGGUCCAGGGAUCCGAAAACACACGUUUUGAUACAAACUCUUGAGCCACUGGAACUACAUUACAGAUGUAAUAGAGAUGGUUCCCGAUACAACCAGACAUCUGUUGGCACCGUGGGGGAGGAGGGGACAAUCUGCUCCAUAUUUCGAGAUUUGAUGAGCCAAACUCUCUUCUCUUGUACAACAAUGACACUUCCCAGCAGAUGUAUAAAAGAUCUUUUGUGCCUAGUCUCAUGAACCCCCUCAAAGGAACUGAUGCCAAUGUUUUGGAAGCAAUCAAUACCACAAUCUUUGUGGGUGGCCCUGGUCGAGCAAGCUAGGCAUAUGGAUACAGGAGGCCUGCGGGAGAUGGAGUUUUUGUCCUCGGCAGACACAGGCAUAUUCACAACUGGCAGAAAAAUGUUGAUGGGGGGCACAAUAGCAUAUCUAGCAAGAGACCAUGUACUAGAGGCCAGUGUGGCCACACUUCUUCGGGAUGGGGGUUGCCACCUUUCCCAAUGUCCACUCUAUUUCUUCUUUUUCUUUCCUAUUGCUAAUUUUCUUCUAAAAUACCGAUACCUGACCUUUGGCUUGUCUCCCAUUUAUGAAUCUGUGCUGCCUGACCCGAUCUAGUGCCUGGCUCACCUCGCUUUUGCCUCUUCAUUACCUGUACUUUGCUUCGUACAUUCUAAGUUGGUUACUGUGACAACUGUUUAGCCUGCAGGCACAAGCUGUACAUACCAUAACCACUACAUUAAGCUGUAAAGUGGCUCUUGAGAGGAAUAUCAAAAAUGGAGCUAUCCUUUGUUCCUUGCCAAUUACACAAAAUGUACCACAGCAAAACCUGUUGCAGCUAUUAUGCUGACUGAAAUGGACCAAAUCGCCCACCUCGUCUAAUACCAUGAAAAAGAUAUGAGAUAGGGUGGCUUAAUUACCUUUUUAUGUCCAAUAUAGGCUUCGGGCCAACAGGAACUAAAGAGGGGGCCUAAUCCAGUUCCCAGAAUGUCUGUCCAGACGUACUGCAGGUAGCAGUAAGUAGCAACGGCAGUCCCAAUCCCUUCAGGAAAGCAAGAGCUUUCACUGCAUGAUCCAUGUUCAGUACCACACUAUUACAUUCCUCAUCGAUAAGCAAUAUUGUUGUCAUAAAGAAGCUUGAUGACUUGACUUAAAGAGCUCCUCCAUUACAAUGGUAAAAGGUUAAUUUCCUUACUUCCAACGUAUAAGAGGGUGAACUACUAGCUAUCUUCAAAAUGGCAGACUUAUCUCUCAUUUGGGAUAACUGGGCAAUUCCAUCACAGGGGCCUUUUGACAUCCCAAGAGGGUUUGAAAUUUGGAAGAGCCCUUCCACUGGGACAUUAGCAGUAAAUUUACACGGCAGCAUAGUGAUCAAUAGGUGAUUAAUGUAAGAUAGGUUUGCCAGUAUCAUUAGAUGCCUCUUAUUUUAAUACAUUUGCAAUGCCUGCCAUCCACCUGGGCUGCUAUUCUAGAUGAAACAGGGCAAUAUUUGUUCUUGUGAGAGAUUAAAAUCCUUUGCUUAUUUUUCUAUGGUGGUGUGUUGGCCUCCAACGCUGUGCAGUUCAUUCUAUCAAAAUGUUGAAUUAUAUGUACGAGAAACUGUGGAAAGUGUGGUAACAUGGCUUACCUUCCUCUCAACAAUUUAGAGAGAGUGAUGCUGUAGCAUAUUUCUCCAUGUGGGGAUAUUGGCCUUCCUUUUGCUUUGCUAAAUACUGUAUCAGUGAUUAGCUUCCCUUCCACCGAGACAGCUGUGCUGUAUUUCCUUUUUACUUAUACAUUCUCUUUUAUCAUCAUGUUAUCCUACUUGGAUAUGUUCUUGUAUUCAUGCAUAAAAAUCACAAUGAAUAUAUCACUAACACUUAUUAAAUGCCCUUAAGUUGUGCUGGUUCCUGGAGCAUUCAUUUUAAUCUAUUUGUUUUUUAGUUAUAUUUUUUUUUUUUUAGCGGUCUGUUUAUCUCGCUGCUUCCUGUGCUAUAACUUGUUAUAACAUUGCCUUUUGUUAAUGUUAGAAUGCAUUAGAUUGUAAUGCAGCACAAGCGAAUCACAUAUCGCAUGUAUGUCUGAUUUUAGUAAUCCAAGCCAAUUAUCCCUUCAUUCCUGUGCCUAUUUUACGCAACGUGCAAAGUUUAGCCUUUUAAUGCAUAAAGUGCACACUAAAUGUAUGUUGUUUUAUGAACAUACAUUACUUAAGUGAACUGUCUGCCACUCUUACCUUUUAAAAAAACUAGGUAACAACAUACAAUCUGAAAUGCUAUUUUUUUGCACUUACUUUGUUCUAUAGAUACUCAUUAUUUAAAGGGCAUUUUUGUGACUUGUAGCUGUGCUCUGAACACUCAAAUUAUGUUUGCUUCAUUUAAAUGCAGCUUAUGUCUGUCUUUGCUUACCUCCUGUUUUUGAUGCACUCAAAGAUUGCAUGGUUUUUCUUCCUCCUCUAUUUGCAUUGAACAACUCCACCUUAUGCGAAAAUACUAUUUCCUAAUCAAACAUGGCAGCAUUUACUUAUGGGUUAGCUCCUCCCCUUCAGAGCAUAAAGGACAGGAAACAGAACUCUGAAAUUGGUAUAAAUAGAUCCACCCAUCCCCAUCAGGCAGUUUUUUUUUUUGUUUUUUUUUUCUGUUCUUCAAAGCAGUUUGGAAGGAGUCUGCUUAAGCAGGCCUAGAUUAUUGUAAGUUUUAUGCUCAACAGGCCAAUAUUUUUUUAUUUAUUUUUUUAGGCCCUGCCAGGGUUCAGCCUUUAAUCCGUGAAGAUUCACCAAACAGCACAGAUGUAAGAGUAGCCGAUUGGGUACCACUUUUAGUGACCUAACUCUCUCUCUCCCUGAGGGAAUGAAAGUGGUCCACUUGAUACACUCUUUCCCUGAUUACCCAAUAAACCGCACUUCCAUGAGGUGAUCACCAUGUCCGAGGUCUAUUUUUAAACCUUCCCCCACUGGUGAUGAUUAAUUGCAUAUGGAAGCCUAUAGUUUAAACCGUUUAGGCCAAGCAUGUCAAACUCAAAGGCUAACACAGGCCAAAUAAACAAGGUUUAAGUUUAUGUAGGUCGCAAAACAACCCAAAAAUUUCAGUUUUCAUAAUAACGUUGGUUUAUUUAGAAAAGUACAGUUAGAAAAAGCUACCUAACUGACACUGGACGUCUUCACACUCGUAGUGCUUCAAAGUAAAUAAAAGAGCAAAUUUAUUUUAAGGAGGUGUGCAUUUGCAUAUAACCAAUGUUUCGGUCCAACUACCUUGACAUAUUAAGAAAAGUUUGGAAUGGUGAAUGUACGUUGUUGCACAGCUGUAAGAAAACAAAUUAUGGUAUCUUGUUUAUUUUGAAGUCCUAUGAGUGUGUUCUUCACUUUGGUUGAGAUGAUCAAACUUGAUCAUCUCAGCCAAUCCAAUGCUUUGGAAGGUUAUUGUGCAUGUGUGGCAAAAAGCUGCGCGGCAUAUCAGCAUCUUCAUGCGGAGCAUUCAGUAAUUAGUACAUUAGUAAUUUAGAUUAAAGAUUAGUAUAAGUACCUGGGUUUCAUCCCAGUUGCUUACAUUGUGCUUCCUUCUAACAAACUGGUCACAUUCAGGAGGUUUUUGGUAAGGAGGAACUUUGUCUCUGUUUCUCCUCCACUUCACUUUCUGAAACUCAAGGCAAAGUCCUAGAGUCAAUCCCAACAGCUGUCACAAGUGAAGGUUGCAAGGAAUUGGCUGUAUCUAUGGAGGAUCCUUCGGUCUUGCUUUUUAACCCUUUAAAGUUAAGCAGAUUUGCUGCAUGAAAAAAAAAAUCCAACCUCUGUCCACAUUUUUGUAGUUCUCUUUUUUAACUCCUGCUUCGAAAAAGCCUUCUUUUAAGCAACUCCAAUAUUCUAAUUCUUCUUCCUUCUAUAACAAGUCUGCUUUUUAAACCUGGAACUAUAAUGCACUGCCUGGGAAAAGUAAUCUACCCACCCCAUAGCAUAGUAAAUAUUAAAAACCAAUUUGCUGCAUCUUCUUUCAUUGUGGAUUUAUUAAAGGUUGUAUGUUCAAGCUUGUCCUCAUUAACUGUUGAAGCUUGUUAAUAUAUUUUUUUUUAUGGUCCUUUUAAAUGUACGCUGUCAAUAAACAUUCAAACAGACACUCUAUAAAACAUUAAAACUGAAAAGGUAAUUAUUCUCCAGACACUGAACACAACUUCUGUAUUUUUGGACUAUGGGAAGUACAUAUGAACAGCUCAAGACAGUAAUUUUAUAUUAUACAUCAGAGAUCUUUGUGAUUUCUGAUUAAGUGGAAAGUACCCAUUUUUUUUCAACUGAAUUUCAUAUUGAUUUAGUAAUGUCUCUGGUUAAAAUUGAUUUUGAUAUGCCCAUAUUGUCAUUUUUAAAGUCUGUUUUUUUUUUAAUUCUAUAUUGAUAUGAUCUUAUCUGAGCGUUUAUUUUCAAAAGUGUCCUUCACAAACCUGUGUAUUUAAAGUGAACCUGUCAUGGAUAACCCAAAUUAUCUUGUAAUGAAAGGGCAUAAGUCACCCGUACACUUUGCUAGAAAAAUUUCUUCAGAUACACCAGAUUGUGCUCAUUGAUUCAUUUCCCCGGGCUUUGCACCCCUGUUUCUUAUUUUCAACAGUUGCCCCAGAUAUAUAUAUUUUUUUUCAAACAUUUCCCGAGAAGGCUUCCUCAUAUCCAUGGUGUCCUGCAAUAGCUGUCACUUAUGAGAGCUACAUUUUGGGGAAUUCAGGCAAAAAAACACACAAUAUUUAGUCUUUGUCAGGUUGCUGGGUUAUUAGCCACUAAAGCUUCAUGUAUCACUGUUUUGAGAAGUAAGGGGAGGAUUCCUAGAGGCCACAAACCUCCUUACUAAACAUGAAAUCCAGGGUUCACCUAACCUAGGGAAACUAGGAAAGAUAAAUUACUAACAAAAAGCACCAAUAACACACCACAGUGUAUCACACUACAAAGAUGUACUUAAAAUGACCUAAUCGGCAGGAUUCCUUAUGGUACUGGUGAAUAUCUAAGGAAAAGUAUAUGAAAAGCUCAUAGUGUUGGGGACACUUACUAUAGACACUUCUUGUUUGUUUGUUUGUUUUUUACAGUAGGAAGGAUAGUACACAACAAACUGGGGACUGAAUGUCCUUAUAUAGUGGGAUUAAAGUCGCAGUACUAUUAUUAUGUACCUAAUCCAAACAGUGUUUUUUUUUUUUUUUUCUAAAAAUAAUCCAAAUAAAACCUUGAAAGCUAGAUGGUGUUUACAGAUGUGGAAUACAUUUCUCUAUAUUGGCUGAUACUUUGAUGUUGUUUGUUCCUUCAGCAAAGUGUAGCAAUUUGAUUUAUGCGUUUGAGGAGGGGAAAAACAGUAUAUUAUUUUUUCUUUUGAUCAAGAGAGCUAUGUGGAUGAUUGACCUCUUUCUACUCGCCUUUUAUUUUACUUCUUUUGUAAACAUAUCUUCCUCUCCUCGAGCUAAACAUCAAUGUUGUGUUUUUGUUAAGGAUAACAUGCCAUUCUUCCAGGGGAACGGGGACAUUAUAGUAAAUGCAUACUGCUUAUACAUAGUGUUCGAUUAUUCCAGUGUACAAUGAGGUAUACAAUCUUCGUAGCCACUGUCAACCUUUGUGCGACAUCUAAUUGAAUUUCCAUCAAUGCUUGAUCUUUUGCUCUUUCUAUACAGAACAUAGUGGCUGUCGGUGCUGGGUUCUGUGAUGGUCUGAAUUGUGGAGACAAUACUAAGGCUGCAGUUAUCCGUCUUGGUCUUAUGGAGAUGAUUGCUUUUGCCAAAGUCUUCUGUAAGGGCCAAGUAUCUACAUCCACAUUCUUGGAGAGCUGCGGCGUUGCCGAUCUCAUCACUACUUGCUACGGAGGGCGUAAUCGAAAAGUGUCUGAGGCCUUUGUCAAAACCGGGAAGGUAUGUUUUUAUGAUCUAUACCAAAUUUAAUUAAUUAAUACUACCAAAGAAAUACAAUAUAGAGAAAAUCACACUGUUUAUUUUGAGUCAAGCCACAAAUUAAAAUAUAGAAUUUUUGUUUGUAAAAUCCUUUUAUCGUGACAGCAGUACUGCAGUAUUUGGAGGGAAAAAGAAUACAAUGACAAUUGUGUAGCCCUAUGAAGUAUCAAAAAGUACAUUAAUAUGAGAUACAUUGACAUGGUUUGUCAUCCUAGCUAACUCUCUAAAUAAAUAAAUGACUUACCAGCCUUUGCUUCUGAACUGAACCAAAGAGACACAUAAAGUUCUAUAAUUCCUGUGUUGUUCUCCGUGAGACAAACUGUGCGAUGCUGAAAUAUUUUUGGGGCAGGAUAACUGCUAGAACUCACCAUAUAUGUAGUCUUGUGGUAGGGGAGGCUUUUAGAAUUAAGAUGUUUUAAACUAUGCGUUUGCUAGUUUAAAUAUACACUGCUCAAAAAAAUAAAUAAAGGGAACACUUAAACAACACAGUGUAACUCCAAGUCAAUCACACUUCUGUGAAAUCAAACUGUCCACUUAGGAAGCAACACUUAGUGACAAUCAAUUUCACAUACUGUUGUGCAAAUGGGAUAGACAACAGGUAGAAAUUAUAGGCAAUUAGCAAGACACCCACAAUAAAGGAGUGGUUCUGUAGGUGGUGACCACAGAUCACUUCUCAGUUCCUAUGCUUCCUGGCUGAUGUUUUGGUCACUUUUGAAUGCUGGUGGUGCUUUCACUCUAGUGGUAGCAUGAGACUGAGUCUACAACCCACACAAGUGGCUCAGGUAGUGCAGCUUAUCCAGGAUGGCACAUCAAUGCGAGCUGUGGCAAGAAGGUUUGCUGUGUCCAGAGCAUGGAGGCGCUACCAGGAGACAGGCCAAUACAUCAGGAGACGUGGAGGAGGCCGUAGGAGGGCAACAACCCAGCAGCAGAACCGUUACCUCUGCCUUUGUGCAAGGAGGAACAGGAGGAGCCCUGCAAAAUGACCUCCAGCAAGCCACAAAUGCGCAUGUGUCUGCUCAAACGGUCAGAAACAGACUCCAUGAGGGUGGUAUGAGGGCCCAACGUCCACAGGUGGGGGUUGUGCUUACAGCCCAACACCGUGCAGGACGUUUGGCAUUUGCCAGAGAACACCAAGAUUGUCAAAUUCGCCACUGGCGCCCUGUGCUCUUCACAGAUGAAAGCAGGUUCACACUGAGCACAUGUGACAGAGUCUGGAGACGCCGUGGAGAACGUUCUGCUGCCUGCAACAUCCUCCAGCAUGACCGGUUUGGCAGUGGGUCAGUAAUGGUGUGGGGUGGCAUUUCUUUUGGGGGCCGCACUGCCCUCCAUGUGCUCGUCAGUGGUAGCCUGACUGCCAUUAGGUAACGAGAUGAGAACUUCAGACCACUUGUGAGACCAUAUACUGGUGCGGUUGGCCCUGGGUUCCUCACAAUGCUAGACCUCGUGUGGCUGGAGUGUGUCAGCAGUUCCUGCAAGACGAAGGCAUUGAUGCUAUGGACUGGCCCGCCCAUUCCCCAGACCUGAAUCCAAUUUAGCACAUCCGGGACAUCAUGUCUCGCUCCAUCCACCAACGUCACGUUGCACCACAGACUAUCCAGGAGUUGGCAGAUGCUUUAGUCCAGGUCUGGGAGGAGAUCCCUCAGGAGACCAUCCGCCACCUCAUCAGGAGCAUGCACAGGCAUCGUAGGGAGGUCAUACAGGCACGUGGAGGCCACACACACUACUGAGCCUCAUUUUGACUUGUUUUAAGGACAUUACAUCAAAGUUGGAUCAGCCUGUAGUGUGUUUUUCCAUUUUAAUUUUGAGUGUGACUCCAAUUCCAGACCUCCAUGGGUUGAAAAAUCUGAUUUCCAUUUUUUUAUUUUUGUGUGACUUUGUUGUCAGCACAUUCAACUAUGUAAAGAACAAAGUAUUUCAGAAUAAUAAUUAAUUCAUUCAGAUCUAGGAUGUGUUAUUUUUGUGUUCCCUUUAUUUUUUUGAGCAGUGUAUAUAGGUUUGUACUGUAUAUGGCACUUGUCUGAAAUUGUAGUGCUUUUCUUCAUAGUCGUACUUCACUCAAGAAUUACCAAACCCUGCAGCUUACCAUAGCCUUGAAAUCCGCACUUGCUGAAUGACCCAUUUCAAAACUUUUUUAUUUUUUUUUUAUUUGUUUUUUAAUAGCCAUUCCUUUCAACAACUUGGACAGUUGUCCUAACUAAAGUUGCUUAUAUAAUAAAGAGGGCCCAGUGUACUCCAAAUAAUAAAAAGUAAUACUUUAGUUUAUAUUGAUAUUCCCUAUUAUUAGUAGUGGUAGUAUUUAUAUAGCGCCAACUUAUUCCACAAGCAUUACAAUAUUAUGGAAAGGAGAAAUUUAACAAUAAGAGGGACAAUUACAAAAUGAUACAGGAACAAAAGGUAGAUGAGGGCACUGCUCAGUCAAGUUUACUGUUCUCAGCAGUCCAAUAUCUUGAGAAGCCAGGCUAGGAAAAACUUUCAAGCAUGUCAACUAAAUCAAAACUUAAAGAUAACAUUUUGUCUGAGGAGCCUUUAUCAAGGAGAACUGCUGCCCCCUUGGUCAUGUUUUCUGGAGUAGAAAAUGCUGUGGAAUGAAGAUUCAACACCACCACCACUUUUAUGAACCCCUUGAAAAUAGUUUUGGUUAGAAACUCUCUACAUAUCGCAGUUCUGGUGUUUUACUUUGUUAUCUCUUUGUGUAAUAUUCUCUGAACAUCUUUCUUUCUGUUCUGUCAAAUAUUGAAAAACUUUUUAGUUCAUGUCUAUUUCUCCCAUGUAGUCUGUUAGUUUGGUUUCAGGUCCAUUUUAAUUUUUUAUUUUUCUUGUUUUUGGGGUGUCUAGAGUAUUGCAGAACUGGAAAAGGAAAUGCUUAAUGGGCAGAAACUUCAGGGACCUCAGACCUCUGCAGAAGUUUAUCGCAUCCUGCAACAGAAAGCCAUGGUUGAUAAGUAAGUGUUAGUCCUUUGUCUCAGGAAGCCUAUGUCUAAGGAUGUCUUGGUUUACUGAAAGCAAGUCUAUAUAGAAUAAGAUUUCUAUACUAAGGCCUACCUAGAGUGAAAUGAUAAAAACAUUAUUAAGAGAAAGAAGGCAAAACUCCAAUUUAAAGCAAAUACAAAAUGUUACUUCAUUUUAGCAUAUCAUUUAUUUUAAAAAUAUAUAUUUUUAUUAGGGUGUCCGUAGCAUCAUCACGAAGUAAAAAUUAAAGACUUGUAGGUCCCAUAAUAAGUCUUAAGAGGAAACAAAACAUAGGGAAAAAAACAACGGUGCAGUAUAGUCUUAACUUCAAGGAUGAAUCCAUUACACCAAGAAUGCUCACCUUAUAAAGAGCCCAAUGAACAGAUCUGAGCCAAUUCUAUAUAGGCUCUACCAUAUGUGAAUGUAACAUAACACCAUUUUGUAUAUUCAUCACUUUUUUUUUCUAUUCUUUAUUUUAAUUCUGCAAGUGGUUGACAUACAUGCUUGGUACGCCACGACAGCUGUAUCAAGCUGAAUAAAAACAGCCAAAAUAUAUCUGUAGCAGGGCAUAUGUAAAAACCUUUUUUAUAUUGGAAUUACAGGCUAGGAAUGGUAGCGUGUUAAUAGAUGUCAGUAGGCAAGUAAAAUAUGUUGGUGUAGUAAGCAGGCUAAACUGACUGGAUUAGCAAUAAUAAUCUGUUAACAGACAGGAAUGUACACGGCUACAUAUUCACAAGCAGUAUAGGAGGAUAGAUUUGUGUGAAAGAUGUAGAGUGUGAAACAGAGUAUAUAGUACGUAGUAUGUUAAUCUGUGACGUGUGAGAGUUACUGCCUGAGUGGUAUGUACGUUAAGAGAGUUAGCACAAUGCUAUGCUUGUCUAUCUAGGGUGAGCAUGCUAAACCUAACCUAUAAAUAAAUGAAAAUGGGCUGGAAGACAGUAGCGAGCGUUGGGCAACGUGGGACAGGGUGUGGCCUGCAGACGAGCCUUCUUUUUUCCCGGCUUCUUUGGUCUGGGAGCUGAUCAAGUGCUUUGUGGCCUGCCAGCAUCGUGGCACAGACGGCUGGGAGGCGAGGUCCGCCACUUGUCUGUCUUCUACCGCUUUUCCCUUCGUCAUAGAUGUGUUCCAAAUAUGAACACAGCAGAAACGCGACGCAAGGACGCGUUCUGACGUCAAAAAAAGGAGACGGAAGUCGGCAAAAGACACCGGGUGAUAUGACUUGAAGGCCAUUAAAUCCUUAUAAAAGACCGGACAACUAAGAAGAUCACAAGCAACUGAGGAAGCCUAUGAGAAAGGCAAAAGGCGUCUUGCAGUACCAGAAACGGACUUUACCUCUAUUUUAUUUGUUUGAUUUAUUUGUUUUAAAUAAAGUAUUUCUUGCACUCUACUUGGCGUCCAGUGGAUCUGUAAGGUGGACCGGAGGACCUGAAACCAACGGUGCACAAGAAGGGAGUGGGAUCCCCACUAAUAUUCCAACAUGCCUACGUAUUAAACCUAAAUUAUACUGGCUCCAUUCUUGAGAGUACAAGAUCACAGAUUUCCUUAACUCAUAUUUUUAUAUUUGACAAUAUUGCACUAGGAUUUGGUUAUCCCUUUUUGUCUUUUCAGUUCAAACUGCUACAUAUUCCUGUAUUAUUCAAACCAUUUACCUAAGAACCUAGAAACUCCGCCUAUUGUUUGUAUGUAUGUAUGUAUGUAUGUAUGCAUAGGUUUUACAUUUCAUGUGGUUAGGGAGGAUACCACACAGGUGUUUAGUUUGUUGGGAUUCUUUCAGUUAUACACCAGGACUCUGUGUAUAUUUUUUGUUACAUUAGUUUUAUCAAAACUUUGGCUAAAGCUAUGGAUUUUAUUCAGUUAUAGUCCUGAAGUGUAGAUCCUGGAAGGACAGCCACUACCAAGUGUCUCUAUGCAACAACUUUUUAGAAGGUACAGUACGGUCCUACAGGACCAGCUUGCCACUCAUCAUUUUGCAACAUUCCUAAAAUAAUAAAGUCUUACCCUGUGCUUGUCUUGCAGGUUUCCACUUUUUACUGCUGUGUAUCGAAUCUGUUAUGAAGGAAUACCUGUGGAAGAAUUCAUUUCCUGUCUACAGAGCCACCCAGAACAUAUGUAGAACUAUAUAUCGGCGGGCCUUCCUGUAAUGUCAUUGUGUCCUGAGACCAUGCAAAAGCUGGGAGAGUUAUCUCUUAUCAACGCACAGAAUUUCUAGAGACCAUCUUUACUGCAAAUGUUGUAAACAAUUUGGUGGCUGGCUUAGUGUCUUUAACCCUGUGGAAAUCAUCGAUUUUGGUGAACAGAUAUAAGAAUAUAUUGGAAACGUACAGAUCAGUUAAGGAUAGCAUUUUAAAUAGUAUUUCAUAACUUGAAUAAUCCUGAGGAAUACCAUGACUGAAACCCUCCAUACGCAUUGAGCAACUAUUGUUCCUAUGCAAACCAUGGUGGUUUUAUGAGAGAUAGAUAUAGAUAUAGAUAUAUAUAUAUAUAUAUAUAUAUAUAUAUAUAUAUAUAUAUAUAUAUA